CAAAUGAGGCGAUAUCGUGUUACAAAUGAUACACGUGUAUUCUUGAGACAUACAUAUGUUACAGAUCUGAUACUAUACAGACUGAAUUUUCAGUCUGUUUUAAAAUCUAUUUGACUCAGUUUCAAGGAAUGCUCUGUGUCUAAUAUUUUUGAAGUCAAAUUAGAGAAGCAAUCGGGUCAACCCACCCUCUCUUGUUGAAGAAAUAAAAUAUACCUAUAUUAGGUUCUACCGCAUGGUAAAUUAAUUCAAAGGAUUUUGUUGUUUUGGUCUUUGUGUGAAGAAUAUGAGGUUAUAUAACUCCUAACCAUUUUUUAUUUUGUUCAUAAUUUGACCUUGACCAUUUUGAGUGCAUGACUUUCACAUUAAAAGGAGAAAAAUAGACAUUUCUCUUUUUAUAUACUAAAAAUACAUUAAUCUUUGCUAUUUACUGUUUUUAGAUAUGGACACAUUAUCGGCUGUAAAAUACUCCAGACUGAAUACUAAAGAUGAAAAUGAUUCUCCUUACACUUGCAUAACACUUAAGAACUAUGGAUCAUCCGGGUCGCCACGGCACCAAUUUCCAAUCAACGGUCAUUUAAAUCCGCUAGAUGUCGAAAAAACUGAAUACCCACCAUCAAAUGAAAGUGACCUCAUACGUGUUCAUAAACCUUUUAAAGAUAGAACGAAAUAUGCUCUUCUUGCCUGCUUGUUUUGUUUUUUCCCUACUGGAAUAAUGGCUAUCGUCUAUGCAUCACAAGCAAGAUCAGCAUGGGAACGAGGCGAGGUGAAGAAAGCGCGGGAAAAAUCCAGUUUGUCCAAAGACUUUAUCCGAGCAUCCGUCUGUAUUGGAGGAAUAGCAUACACUUUGAUAUUCCUAGUUAUUCUAAUUACCGUCAUUUUCAAUGUACAUGCUUGAUAUACUAGUACCUAUCAUUUACACGCAAUGAGGAUAUACCAUUUAGUCUUUCUGUAAACUCGAAAUUUACAUAUGGGGAUAUUCCGAAAAGGAACAAUAUUUUGUUUUGUGAGUGAAAAUAUUGAAAUUGAAAUGGCAUUUACUUUAUUGUCUUCAAUUAUACACCUACACAAAAAGGAAAACUGCAUUUAUUAUACAUGUAUAUAGAAAACACAGAUAUUCAUUGUUUGAGUGUAAAGAUGUCUGAAAUUUAGUAAUCAGUGAGGAAUUCAAUCUCAGAAUGCACUGAUGGAUGAAUAUAUGAAGAGCAUUUCAAAAGGAAUAAUAUUUUAUACCUGGAUUUAAAACAUGAGCGCGGAUGCAAAUUUAAUCCUUUACAUUAUUUAUUUAUUGUUUGCAAUUAAUAUAAAAGUGUUUCUUUGUACAAUGUGUUACAUUGUCCUUGUUAUGCAUGUAAUUAGAAAAUGUAACUUUUUUUCAAAUGUUUAAAGGCUUCAAUGGUGACAUUGGCCCCUUACUACUAAUAGUUUUGAUUGCAAAUACAAAAAUUCAAAGCUUUCCGUGUCUUUGUAGGUGAAGUGUCGUUUUUUCUGGCAUAUUUUGUCAAAUAUGAACGCCCUUUCAUAUGUAAUUCAGAAGUUAUCAUCGAAUUUGAUUUUUUAAAAUUAGGUCAAUCGUGAAGAUCAAGGACAAGGGUCAGAAAUCGUAGCAUGCUCGGAAAUAUCUUGUCAUAGGAAAUGCACAUUUCAAGUAUGAAAGCCCAUUCUCUAUUCAAUCAAAAGUUAUAAGGAAAAAAGAACAUUUUCGAAAAUUAGGAUAAACUUCAAGGACAAGGUCAUAAGAUAAAAAAUUAUAGUAUAUUUAGAAAGGUCUUGUCGCAAGCAAUACACACAUUUAAUAUGAAAGCUCUUUGUAUUCUCAUUCAAAAGACAUGGGCAAGGUUAAAGUUUUUGAAAAGUAGGUCAAACUCCAAGGUCACGAUGUCAAGAAUCAAAUUCUAUUUAGAAAGGUCUUGUUACAGGUAAUAAAAAUACUUAAUAUGAAAGCCCUAUCUCUUCUCAAUCAAAAGUUAUGACAUAUUCAAUGUAAUGUUUGAUUUUUGUUUUAAGUUGGUCAAACUUCAAGGUCACGGGGCAACAUUUAUAGUGUAUUUAGAAAGGUCUUGUCACAGAUAAUAUACAUGU